GUCACCCGGAAGUCCACUGAAACCAAGGCGACAACAUGGCAGAGUACACAGAUCCACACGGUGAUGGAGAUGCUGACGAGAUGCCUGAGCUCUCUGACGGCGAUGAUGAAGACGUUGACGAUGAGGAGCAGUGGCAGUGGAUGGAGGAGGACAGUCAGCCGGUCACCUGUCUGUUCUGUGACAGGGUGCUGAGCUCUGUGCCUGCCACCCUGCAGCACUGCACGACUGAGCACCACAUCAGCCUCGUAGACGUGAUAAGAAAACACAAUUUAGAUGACUACGGUUACAUAAAGAUGAUCAACUUCAUACGCUCAGCAAAAUGUGAUGCAUCCUGUCUGACGGGGCUGCCAGACGCUCCUUUACCCUGGGAGAGUGAAGACUUCCUUCGACCAGUCGUGCAGGACGACCCCCUGCUGCAGACAGACCCUGAAGAGCUCUGUGAGGGGUUGAGCCCGUCGACAUGCCCACCAUCGGGGGCUGAGUCCCACGAUGCACUGCAGCAGAGGGCACAGGCUGCUGAGGAGAGAGCCCGCAGGUCAGAGGAGGCGCUGGCCAGAGCCAUGGAUGACCUGCACAAACUCAAGCUGCUGGCUCAGGGUUUGGUUCUGAACGCAGAAACCCGCAGAUCUGGUAACCUGGGCGCUGUGGCCGAGCUCCGAGAGGAUGAGGACGAGGCCUACUUCAGUUCCUACGGCCAUUAUAGCAUCCACGAGGAGAUGCUGAAGGAUAAAGUGCGCACGGAGAGUUACCGCGACUUCAUGUACCGCAACCCUGACAUGUUCAGAGACAAGGUGGUGCUCGAUGUGGGCUGUGGGACCGGCAUAUUGUCCAUGUUCGCUGCCAGAGCAGGGGCCAAGAAGGUCAUAGCAGUCGACCAAUCAGAAAUCAUCUAUCAGGCCAUGGACAUAGUCAGGUCCAACCAGCUGGAGGACAAGAUCACCCUGAUCAAAGGCCGCAUAGAAGACAUCGAGCUCCCUGUGGAGAAGGUGGACAUCAUCAUCUCAGAGUGGAUGGGUUACUUCUUGCUGUUUGAGUCCAUGUUGGACUCUGUCCUGUACGCCAGAGACCUCUACCUGGCUGACGGUGGCUCAGUCUACCCAGACCUUUGUAACAUCAGCCUGGCAGCAGUUGGAGACACACAGAAGCACCAGGACCACAUUGCAUUCUGGGAUGACGUGUAUGGCUUCAACAUGGCGUGCAUGAAGAAGGUUGUGGUGCCUGAGGCUGCAGUGGAGGUGGUGAAUGCGGACACACUCAUCUCUGAACCUACAGUCAUACAGACGAUUGACUGUAACAGAGUGUGUCUGUCUGAGCUGGAGUUUGCAUCAGAUUUCUGCCUCAAGAUAACAAACACCACAGACUGCACGGCAAUUGUCGGCUACUUUGACAUUUUCUUUGACAAAGGCUGCAGCAACAAGGUGAUGUUCUCCACGGGACCUCAAGUCACAAAGACGCACUGGAAACAGACUAUCUUUCUACUGGAGCGGCCUAUCGCUGUCCAAGCAGGGGAGGAGCUCAGGGGAAAGAUCACUGUGCGUAAAAACAAGAAGGACCCUCGCUCACUGUUCGUCACCUUUGACCUCCAAGACAGGAAGCUGACUUACAGCCUGCAAUAAUGACGGCUGUCACAUGGUGCAACAUCCAGCAAAUAUAGCCCACUUUUUAAUUGAGCAUUCCUGUAUUCACAUGUCGGAGCAGGAUAGAAUAUAACACUUUGAUGUUUCAAAUGUUAGGAUUGUUUAUGUGCCUUGUAAUAAAAAAAACAACAUAUGAGA